UAUUAAACCUGAAAGAAGGAGUAUCUGUAGGGUGCUAAGACCCUGAAGACCGACAGGAGGCUAUCAUAGCAGUAUGCUAUCAGAUGCUAGUGUUGUUACAAGGAUUCAUGAACUACAUUUACGACACAGAUUUUAAUACUUGAAUUGAGACUCAAUUAUGUCUCAGGUGGAAAAGAAGUCAGGGCUGCUGAGGAGGACGUCAUCCUCUAAGAAGCCCUUGAAAGAGAAGGUGGUGCUGAUGUAUGAUGAGAUUUUUGCAAAAGAAGACCCUGCCAAAAACAACCCUCGCUUCUGGGAUGAGCUGUUUCUUAUGAAGGUGAACCUAGAGUACUUGGAGUCCAAGUUGGAGAGUGUAGAUGGGGAGGAGGUUCAGCGGAUCCAGGACAACAUCAACUCUCUGUUCCACCACUGUGUUCAGGCUCUGGCAGAGGAGCACCAGAUCAAAGUAGUCAAUGCCCUGCAGACUCUCUGUGCACUUUUCCGGGGGGUUCACCAGAAGAACAAGUCCGCGUCUGGCUUUGACAUCAUCAACAUGCUCAUGGGGUUUGACAAGGCUGAGCAAAGGAUGAAGGACCUGAUGGAGAGACUUGACAGCCUUCUUUGUGGAGAUGGCUCAGAGAGUCUGAAGAGCCUUUGUCUUAAACUGCUGCUGUGUCUGGUGACGGUGACAGACAAUAUUAGUCAGAACACCAUACUGGAGUAUGUGAUGAUCAACAGCAUCUUUGAAGCCAUUUUACAGAUUUUGUCAGAUGUGUCCAGUAGAGGGCAGCAUGGUUACGAUGCUGUGGUCCUCCUGGCUCUCCUGGUGAACUACAGGAAAUAUGAGUCUGUGAAUCCAUACAUUGUGAAGCUCUCCAUUGUGGACGAUGAGCCAACGCUAGAUGGUAUGGGUAUGGUUGUGCACCAAGCUCUCACAGAAUAUAACAGGCAGUACAAAGACAAAGAGGAGGAGAACCAGGGUGGGUUCUUCUCUACCCUAACUAGUAUGGUGGGCAACAUGUUUAUUGCAGAUGUUGAUGAGAAACUCUCUGUACAGACAAAUGAGGCGAUUCUGCUGGCACUCUAUGAGGCAGUGCACCUUAACCGCAACUUCAUCACUGUAUUAGCACAGAGCCACCCUGAGAUUGACAUCCCAGUCACACCGGUGACACCUACCCCAACCACACCAACAACACCACUUGGCACAACACCGCCCUCUCUUGACAUGAUGAACAACCCAGAACUGCCUCUGGAUCCCAACCUGCAGACUAGCAACCUUCUCAUCACCUUCCUCAAGUACUCCUCCAUUGUAAUGCAAGAUACUAAAGAUGAGCAUCGACUCAACAGUGCUAGACUGUGCCUAAUCAUCCUCACCUGCAUAGCCGAGGACCAGUACGCCGAUGCCUUUCUUCACGACGACAACAUGAAUUUCAGAGUCAAUCUCCACAGAAUGCCCAUGAGGCACAGAAAAAAAGCCGUGGACAAGAACAUCCCGUCACGGCCGCUGGUGUGUGCUCUUCUAGAUCUGAUGGUAGAGUUUAUUGUCACCCAUAUGAUGAAGGAUUUCCCCAUGGAUUUAUACAUGCGCUGCGUGCAGAUCAUCCACAAACUCCUGUGCUACCAGAAGAAGUGCAGAAUCAGGUUACACUACACCUGGAGAGAGCUCUGGUCAGCUCUCAUCAACCUGCUGAAGUUCCUGCUGUCAAAUGAGACCACACUGCUGGCCAAGCACAACAUCUUUCAUCUGGCCUUACUGGUAGUGAACCUGUUCAACAUGUUCAUAACAUACGGCGACACGUUCCUGCCAACCUCCAACAGCUACGACGAGCUGUACUACGAAAUUGUACGAAUGCACCAGGUGUUCGACAACCUCUACUGUAUGGUUCUGAGAGUAUCAACAAACACGGGCCAGUGGAAGGAGGCAGCCAGCAAAGUCACCCAUGCCCUCGUCAAUGUUCGGGCCAUCAUCAACCAUUUUAACCCCAAGAUUGAGUCGUACGCUGCUGUGAACCACAUAUCCCAGCUGUCAGAAGAACAGGUGUUGGAGGUGGUUCGGUCCAACUAUGACACACUGACCCUCAAACUGCAGGAUGGUUUGGACCAGUUUGAGAGAUACUCGGAGCAGCCUAAAGAGGCAGCCUUCUUCAAGGAGCUGGUGCGCUCCAUCAGUCUGAAUGUGAGGAAGAAUGUCUCUUUGAACACACUGAGUCAGGACGUCCUGCUCAAAGAGUUUUCCACCAUCUCCUGAAAGACACACACACACCCACACCCCCCCCCAGCCUUCUCUGGACAUACACAGUACAUUUGUGUGCGUGUGGACAUGUACACAUACAGAACUAACACCAACCAGUACAAUCCUCGAUUGUUCUUUCCAUGAUUCGUCUCGACCCCUCAUCCUCUGUCCCUCCUGUGACCUGAAUGAUGGAAACAUUUCCUACGGAGACCCCUGCAGGCUGGAUGCACCUUAAGGAAAGAUCUGAAAACUCUCCAGACUUGCUCCUGUUUGUGGUUGUUCAUAUGUGUGUGUUAUAACUUUAAGGAAGUGCCCGUGUUGCACUGGUUCCUCGUGUGCAAUCUGCAGUAUUGGCUGGACUGUUAACUGACACGUGCAAGUCUGGAUUUCCGAUUCAAGUAUUUUUAACCGAGAUGUCCCGCUCCACCUUUUUUUGCCACUGAUGAUGUUGUAAGUAGCUUCUAGUGUCAAACUGAUCAGAGAAUAUGGUUUAUGGUUUGUCUUUCCAGUAAUUAUUUCAGAAGAUUCAGGAUUGAGUGAAACAUUAUGUCCUCCCUAACAACCAUAGUGGUGACCUUGAGCCUUUUUGAGUUCUAAUCUCAUUUAAAGUCCUCUUUGAUUAGAGCGUUAACCCUUUAUUUGCGGCUGAAUUCUCUUUGUGUGAAUGAUAACUUAAACCUCUACUUGUUUGAAACAAAUAUACAUGUAUUUUAUAUUUGCGUUCGCUAAGGGGUAGAACAUUUUGAACAGUAAUUAAGUUGGGAAUGCUCUGAAGUGAUAAAAACAAACCUUGUAAUUGUUGUAGCAAACCUUUGUUUUUGAACAAAGCCAUGACUUAACAUUUACUACUGUGCGUCACACAAGUCGUUUCUCCAUUUAGUUUAACGAAUGAAUGUAUUAAAGGAUGCGGUUAGUUUAGAAGGAAAACUGUUCAGACAAUGGUUGAACAUUAAGAUUGUUGAAAGUGAUGACUGCUUGUGUGUCUCUGGCACAUGAAGUCAGUUUAGUGAAAAAAUAUUCUUUACUUUUGAGCUCAUCCUGUCUUUUUCUCAUUCAGAACAUUUGAAAUUAUUAUUUCUGACUGGAAGCAGCAGAUCUGACUUAUGCAACUCCUUCAAGUAUAGGGUCUUGUUUCUUUCAUCUCUUACUCCUGUAGGUAUAUUUAUGUUUCUUUUUUAAAAAUAAAGGUUGGUUUCCUACUACUUAA